GACUGACCUCUCCCUCCGUGGCUUUACUUACUGAUCCUCGGGUUCUCUCACUCACCGACUCAAUUGUUGCGAUAAUUAGGGCUCUGAUUUCUUCUUCUCUUCGACUUCUUUGUAUAUGAGCAUCCAUCAACCCUCGGCAAACGAGAUGGUUUAGGUGAAAAAAAACGGUAGAGAAGAAAAAAGGAUGUUGUAACCCUAUUACUCAUAUGGCCAAGGUAUCAUGAACAUGCUGCUUAUUAGGUGAUUGAAACUUCAGAUGGUUGAUGCUUUCUUUUUCCUGUUAUGGUAAAUGAUGAAUUCAGAAGUUAAAGAGGGAAAGAAAAAGAUAUAGAGAAUGCACUGGGAAUGGGGCUACCAGUGGUUUGACUGCUGGGAUUUGUAUUGUAGCUGUAGAAGGGGAUUUCUCAUUAGAGGAUGACUGUUACUGCCAACAAGAUUAUACUUCAAGAUCCCUAUUUGGAACACAACUUCUUCUGGUGCUGAUUGCUUUUGCAUGACCGGACUGGGCCUGAUGGUUGGUAUCAAGUCUACAGAAGGAGUUCCAAACAUAAUUGCAUUUGUAUGUGUAUGGUUUAGCAGUUCUUGCAAAUAUUUUCUUUGAUAUGUCAAUAUAAGAUUCUCUGUUCCGUAAUUCUCUAUUCUUUUAUUUCUUGACUGCUUACAUUAGAGUUAAUCCUCAUCCUUUUGGCAUGUUCUCUAUAUGCUAUCUUUCUCCAUCUCUUUGUUUUUUAUUUUUUCCCUUCUCAUAAGUAUCCUUCAUUUCCAUUGCCAAUUAAGUUCUUGUACUGACAAUAAAUAUUAUAGUUAGUCAUUUACCUCAAUCUUUCUUUACAAGAUUUGUCCAAUAGUUUAGCAUAUAUUGUGCUACUCUCUCUUCUGUUUCCUUUAUUGCCUCACAGCGGUGUCCAAGUGCGUUGAUGCUGUCUUUUAUUGAUCACUUGUACUCAUACUGUGGCAAUUUGAUUGUUGCUUUGUAUCUGUCAUCGUCAAGAAUUUCUAUUAAUGGAUGUAUGUGAACUUGAAUGUCUACAUAUGUUACUCUUUAGUGCUUGCGGGGUUCCUUAAUUAUGUAACUUGGGAUUUGGGAACUAAGCAUUAACAGAAAUACCUUAGAUUUGCAUUCGUGGAUAAUGGUUACUAUAUAGACAGUUAGAGAACUGAAGAAUGAAAGGAUGGGGAAUAGUCACUCCAAUCAGGUACCAUUACUCUCUCUUUUCUCAAAUCUUUUAACAUGUGCAACUUUGAUAAGUCUAAUUUUCACAUUCCUAUAGUAAUUUGUAGAGUCAAAUAAUAUAUUCAUCUGUGUUUUAAAGUUCCCUUGACGGUUUUUCUCCGGCCUCUACACAUCUGAGUAUCUUCUGUUCAUCUUAUCAUGUGAACAUCUUCUUCACCUCAGCAAGCUACCAUGAAUAAGAAUUAUACUAUUUCUAAUCAAAAAACUAUCUUUACGCAAAAUACUUUUCAUGCAAUUGGCACUAAGCCACUAACUCUGUUGUAAUUUCAAUAUUUGACAAGACACAAUUCACUAAGACAGUAUGGAAGAGUCCUUAUAUCAUGAAGCUUGCACUCACUGCAACCCUUGGAGGACUAUUGUUUGGUUGCGAUACAGAGCAGGAUUGUUUGCUCUCAACAUGCCGGGAUAGGGGAGCAGGAGUGUUUGUUCUUUAGUGAAAAACUGGGUUUGAAGCUAUAUGAAUUGCAGCCUGAUUAUCACAAUGAAGGAUCACUGGAUAAUGAGGUUUGAUCCGCAAUUCUUUGAAAAGACUAUGCAUCCAAGCCAGUUCAGUGGUUGCAGACGCCAUGGCCCUGUAUUCAGCUUUGGUUGAGGACUUAGAGAUGGUGGAUUGUUUCUUUUAUUUUCAGGCCACUAGCUUCACCCAGUUUAACUAAAUUGGAUUCAUUACCGGAAGAGGAACUCCUUCUGUAGACCUGAUACCAACAUCAGGUCCAGUCCGGUCAUGGAAAAGCAAUGAGCACCAGAAGAAGUUGUGUUCCAAUUAGGGAUCUUUAACUAUAUAUAAUCUUGUUGGCAGUAAUAGUCAUCCUGUAAUAUACUGCUAGAUAAUGAUAAUGAUGUUGUUAUGGAGAGAUAAGGUUGCACAAGGAGUUGGAGAUGGAGUUGUUGUGGAGAGAAGGUGUCAGCUAGAAUAUAGUUAGUGGAUAAUUAAUGAUGUUGGUUCAAGUGAGACUUCCUCACUCUCUUGAUAAUAGUAGUGGAAGAAGUCGUGUAUAGUUCAAAAUAGUUAAGGCCUUGUUUCUAUAUAAAUAAAUCUCUGCUUUUCUCUCCGCUGCAAAACCACCCAGUUUUCCGAGAAACCCAAUUUCUCGAGAAAAUGCCGUCCCGUGUGAAUUUCUUCCUCAUCAUCAUCCUCUCUGUUGCUGUUGCUAUCCCUGCAAUUUCCUUCUACACUACCACUAAUGAUCAGGUGAACAGCCCAGUUCAAGAUUAUGGUAUUUUUGAGGAAGUCUUCCAGUACCCAGAUGUCUUCUUGAGAAAUUACGCUCUAAUGGAGAAGGGUUUCAAAAUCUUCAUGUAUCCAAACAAAGAUGUUGAGGCUUUUUUUUACAAUGACAUGGACAUUCCCGGGGGUUUUCUACUGAAGUGUUCUUCUCCCGCUGUCUCAUGUUCUCCGAAAGAUUUAUUACAAAUGAUCCCACUCAGGCUCAUAUGUUUUUCAUUCCAAUUACUUGGUUACAACUUGAGGAAAUGGGAAUUUAUGCUAAUGCUGAUGAUUAUGUUCGGCAUAUAAUUAAGGAGUACCCUCACUGGAAUCGGAGUAAAGGUGUUGAUCACUUUCUUGUGACUUGCUGUGACGCUGGGAAAAUGUUCUCGGAAAGAGUUCCACUGAAUAAUUAUAUGAGACUCUCGUGUUCUGCAAGAAAUGAUGACAUGCACCACAAGCACCACCUUAUAAGCAUCCCCCAGAUGAGACUGCCAUUUUUUCCUCCAGUGCGUGGUGGUUAUGAGAUACAAAACCGGACAAUACUUGCUUUCUGGGCUUGUCACGAAAAUUAUCCAGCAAGUUUAAAUGAUUGGGACUUUUGGGAUGAAUGCCCAGGCCAAGAGAAAUUCAAAGCAUCUAAGUAUUGCAUUUGUGAUGGAUCAUCCCAUAUCACAAGAAUGUGCAUAACAGAGUCCAUCCAUUUUGGAUGUGUUCCAGUGAUCUUGUAUGAGGACUACGAAUUGCCAUUCGGUGACAUCCUUGACUGGACAAAAUUUUCUGUAAUAAUCAAUAAGGAUGAUGCAUAUCGGGUUGAACAGAUCCUUGAAGCCAUACCGGAUUCAAAAUUCAGUGAACUGCAUAACAACAUACGCAAGGUUCAAAGACACUUCCAUGGAAAUUCAUCUUUUGGAGGACGACAUAAACAAUAUGAUGUCUUACACCAAUGGCACUUGCAUGCAAAUUCAGCUUUUAGAGGACAUGAUAAGCCUUAUGAUGUCUUCCAUAUGAUAAUAUUUGAGCUUGGAUUGAAGUGUGGAGGUUGGAGGAGAGGUGGUUGAGCUAGAGUUUGAGGAUUUGGGCAAGGUUGAUUGAGCUUGGAAGAGUCGGGUUGUUUGGACUAAACGAGGUAGGGAUUUUCUUAACCCUCAAUCUCAAAACACUAUUGACUACCCGAAUUGUGUUCUAUUCAUUCAUUUCCGGCUCUUUGUUCAAGGGGAAACAAAUCUUGGAUUGUGUGCUAUUGUGAACUCAAUUUAUUAUAUGGUGUGUUUGAUGUUGUAUGCAUUACCCUUGGACACUCGGUCAUCUAUCGAGUAGUCGAUGCUCUUGAUCAUAUGUUUUAAUAAAUUUUCGCGCAAUAAAUUUAAUUGCAUAACAUUCAUGUGUGAUAUUGCAUUUAUUGCAUGGUAGAAGUGGUGGAUUGGAUUUUGGUACGUACGUCAACGUGUACUAGUGGUUCCGGUUAUUUGGCUCUAGUGACAUGGUUGAUGGUACUUGUAUGAACAUGCACUAGUGGUUCCGGUUAAUUGGCUCUAGUGGCAUGGUAUGAAAUAUUUGUGAGAGUAUGUGCUAGUGAUUCCGGUUAAUUGGCUCUAGCGACAUGGCUCGGUUAGAUGUGCAGAUUGCAUUGGUUUGAUGACAUGACAUAUUGUUGCAUUGCGUUAUUUCUUUAUAAUAUUCCGGCCUUAUUCCUUGUUUUAGACUCCUAUUCGAUAUCCCUACUGGGCCUCCUACUCACUGUUUUAUUUUUUCCCCUCCUCAAGUGAUAUAGGUACUAGCGCUAGUGCUCCGACUACAGAUCAGAAGGGGGAGACGCGUGAUGUGGAUGGCCUGGACUAGUGUUGGUGUGAUGGUUUUUUUUUUUAUUAUUUUUGUGUAGUGUUUAUGUUUUGACGUUCGACUAGUCUUUGGCUUAGGCUUAGUUGUGUAUUGUGAUACGCAUAGGUACAUGUUGUUAUGAAUGAACGAUAAUUUGGGAAGGUUUGGCCGAAGGCCUUAGUAUAUAUAUGUGUAUCAGUUUGAUGA